AAUAAAUCAAUGUUGAAUGUUGGCCAUACUGAUAGCCUUCUCGGUAUCUUCCGGUAAGAGGUCGCGCAUCUCUCAACGUUUAUGGACCCUUUUCCGGUAGGGUGACAAAAUGACUGGCUUCAGUAAUAAGCCAAUAUUAAUCGAUGGCCGUGGCCAUUUACUCGGUCGUUUGGCAGCAAUUAUUGCCAAAACUAUUUUGCAAGGCAAUAAAGUAAUUGUUGUCCGGAGUGAACAACUUAAUAUCUCUGGUAACUUCUUCAGGAACAAAUUGAAGUUUAUGUCAUUCUUGCGCAAAAGAUGUAAUGUAAACCCAGCCCGUGGACCUUUCCACUUCCGUGCCCCUAGUAAAAUACUAUGGAAAACAGUCCGGGGUAUGAUUCCACACAAAACACAAAGAGGAAAGGAUGCUCUUAGAAGGUUGAAGGUAUAUGAAGGAUGUCCACCACCAUAUGAUCGUAGAAAACGUGUUGUUGUACCAGGAGCAAUGAGAGUUAUGUGUCUGAAACCUGGUAGGAAGUACUGUCAUGUAGGUAGACUGUCUCAUGAAGUUGGAUGGAAAUACAAGGCUGUGGUACGCACACUGGAGAACAAGAGACGUGUCAGAUCAAUUCUUGAGGUUCAAAAGAGAGACAAACUCAAGAAACUUACCAAACAAGCUGGGCAGUCCGUUGUCAAAGCCACAGCACCAUACACAGCAAUUAUUAAUAAUUUUGGAUACAAUUAAUAUAAAAAUUGUAAAAAUAAUAAAGUUCCAUAAACAUUUUACUUUGAUUCA